AUGUCCGGGUCUCAGACGAACAUCGCCCUUAGCCCAAGAAACAAUCCUUCGCCGCGGAGGCUCUGCCGAGCAACGGCUCCUCGGCCCCUCGGCGAACGGCCCGGCGGCAGCGACGGGCACCUGGGCAGCAUUGUGGGCGGCGCGGUGGGCGGCGUGCUCAUCCUGGCGCUCCUGCUGGGUCUGAUGGCCGUCUGCUUCAUGCGCCAGCGCCGCACUUUCCGCGGCGACUACUACACCAAGCAGUACCUGGGGCCCUCGGACAUGCAGAAGGACAACCAGCUGGACGUGCUGCAGCCGCACGAGCUGCAGGUGUACAGCAGCAGUGGCGGCGACGGCAGCGGCGACUCGGGCAAGGGCAGCCAGGACCUGAAGCCCAAACCGGCGCCCGGCGAUCUCAUCUUCGACUACGACCGCAAGGACCGCGAGGAGUGGGGGGGCGACCACCACCAGCCUCCCCGCGGCAUCGGGCGAGACGGCGGUUACUGUAACGACCAUCACCAAAACAACCACCAUCCUUACCCCCAGCAGCAGCAGCACAACACCAACACUCCCCAGCGCACCCGGCCUGGCGGCUCCCCCACCUGCGGAUGA